AUGAAAUAUUCGACUAGUUCAACUUGUCCAUGUGAACAAAUUUCAAUAAAAUAUGGUGAAUUUGUUCGUGUUGAGAUGAUUUAUCAUGAAAUUUGUUCCUCGGAUUUUCAAAGUCAACAAUGGUUUGAUUAUUUGUAUGAUGAGGAUCAAAUCAAUGAACGAAAUUUUCGUUCAACAGCAUCAGCACAAUUUCAAUCACUUGGAUCUUUAUGUAAAUUAACUAAAAAAACAAUCGAUACAAGUUUAACCCAAUUUUAUUCAACUAAAUUAAUCGCUUCUCAAUUAUUAUCAAAUGAAACAUUUCAAAAUCGAAUUCAUUCAUUAAUAACUCUUCUUCAAAAGACAACUUCUCAAUCAUUUAAAAGAACAUUAAAAAUGAUUGAAGAAAUUCUACAUGGAAAUUUCUAUAUGUCUGUUUAUCAAACCAAUUGGAAAUUUACUGUUCUAGAAAGAGCAAAUUUUUCUCAAAUAUACACAAAUCCAAUGAAAUAUCAAUCAUGUAGUUGUGGUACAUCAUCAUUGUGUAGUGAACCAGUUAUAAUUGAUAAUUCAAUAAUUGAUGGUUUGUUUAUUGGUUGUUAUCCAAUGAAAACUAUUUUACAAUCAUCACUUCAAUGUUUUUAUAAUGAAACAUGUUUACAAAUCAUUUUAUCAUAUUUUCAGAAAUCUUCUUCGAACAAUAUUUCAUUUCAAAUACUUUCAUUAAAUAAUUCAUAUGGCAUUGAUGAAAAAGUUGAACAAAUGGUUGAUCGAUUAUUUGUCGAUCAAUGGAAUAUUAAUUGUUCUUAUGAAAAUUAUUAUGAAAAAUGUCGUCCAACAUUUUGUACAUAUUCUUAUAUUGAAUAUUUUAAUAUAUUUUAUAUUGUGACAACUAUUUUAAAGGGUGAUGUUAGCCCAAACUAUGUUGUAGUUGGAGAUCUCAAUAAAGAUCAUUGUGUGGACAUUACUCUUGUCAAUUAUUGGUCUAGUUAUAUGAAUAUCUUUCUUGGUAAUGGUGAUGGUACUUUUUCUAGUUGGGCUACAUAUUCAACUGGCACUGAUUCGAAACCAUAUGCUGUCGCACUUGGCGAUUUGAAUAGCGAUGACAAAUUAGAUGUUGUCGUUACAAACUAUGGCGGUGAUACGACCGGAAUUUUUCAAGACUUCGACAAUGGUUCAUUCGUCAAUCAAACAGCUGUUGUCAUUGAAGAAUAUUAA